UUCAUUUACCCAAGAAAAAUAAAACAUAAACGACGUAGUAUAACAUUGCAUUUGCCUGACCUUUCUCCCAAAUCUGUCUCUCCAUCUCUCCCUCCCUGCCUGCAUUUUCAUUUUCUUUCAGAAUCGUAGAGCGAGGAAGAUCUCUCGGAGAUCAAUAAUGGAGAACGCAAAGGUUCAAGAGAUUCUGGAGAAGCAAGUGCUGACGGUGGCGAAGGCGGUGGAGGACAAGCUGGACGAUGAGAUCUCAGCUCUAGAUCGGCUGGACAUGGACGAUCUAGAUGCGCUCAGGGAGAGGAGGUUGCAGCAGAUGAAGAAGAUGGCGGAGAAGCGGAGCCGUUGGAUCUCCCUCGGCCACGGCGAGUACUCCGAGAUCCCUUCCGAGAAGGACUUCUUCGCCGCCGUAAAGGCCAGCGACCGCGUCGUCUGCCACUUCUACCGCGACAACUGGCCCUGCAAGGUGGUAGACAAGCACUUGAGCAUAUUGGCAAAGCAGCACAUAGAGACACGUUUUAUGAAAAUCAAUGCCGAGAAAAGUCCAUUCUUGGCUGAAAAGCUCAAGAUCAUUGUUCUUCCAACCCUUGCCCUCAUAAAGAAUGCCAAAGUUGAUGACUAUGUGGUAGGAUUCGAUGAGCUUGGUGGGACGGAUGAAUUCAGCACAGAGGAACUGGAGGAAAGGCUGGCUAAAGCUCAAGUUAUAUUUUUUGAGGGUGAAUCAUCACUGAAUCCAAGAUCUGGGUCACAAGCCCCAAGGAGCGUCAGGCAAAGCGCAAAGCCGGACUCAUCAGAUUCGGAGUAAAUCAGUGUUGCUUUAGAUUGUGAUUAUGAAUCAGUGAGCAAAUAUUUUCAUUCAAAUGAACCUGGGUAUUCAACGCCUACCAUGGGGAGUAGGCCCUCUUGUGAUCAGAAUUUCUUAGAGCAACACUACUAAUACAUGUGAGAUUCUACCAUCAGUUUUUUUGCUUGCAUGCAUUAAUAUAUAACUUCAUAAGCUUUCUAAAAA